UAACAUAUAACAAAUAGUUUAUAACUUAUAACAUAUAACUUAUAACAAAUAGUUUAUAACUUAUAACAUAUAACAUAUAACUUUUAACAUAUAACACAUCACUUAUAACUUUUAACAUUUAACAUACACCAUUUAGCGUUUAACAAAUCGUUUAUAACAUAUAACAUGUAGCACAUCAUAUAACAGCUGAAUCUGAAACUCUAAGAAUGCCUUGAUAUCCGUAUCCUGUUAUUAAAUAUAUUCGGUAUAUUCGUAUAUAACGUGUCGUUAUCCUCAGCUUCACAUGUUCUACAUACACGUGACCUCAGUGACCAAUCAGCAGAGACCUCUUUGACAUGGAUUUGCUUCUUCUCUCCAGACACGCGACUAAAGCUCCGGAGCUCCAGCGGGCCGAGCCGCGCCGAGCGGCCGGGAAACAGCUCCAGAGAGCGGCGUGGAGGAAGAGGCUGGCAACGUGCAAGGGGCGGGGGGAGGGGCGGGCCGAGGCCGGGCUCCGGGAAAGCGAGGGAGAGGCGGAGCUUAUCGCCGAGCGUGCGUGUACGUUUGUGUGUGCGUGUGCCCCCCCGCCCCCCGCCUCCUCCCCCUCUCGGCUUCCCGCCCCUGAGUCUGGAGCAGCAGCGGAGCUCCAGCGCCUCUCCUCGCUCACAGUGCGGGAACACAGCAGCGGAGCAGCGGAGCAGCGGAGCGCCAUGGAGACGGAAGGGAGCCCGAGCAGCCUGCCGACCGGCACGGACAACUCCCCCCACGACCCCUGCAAGAUGUUCAUCGGGGGUCUGAGCUGGCAGACGACGCAAGAGGGCCUGAAGGAGUACUUCAGUAAGUUCGGCGAGGUGAAGGAGAGCAUGGUGAUGCGGGACCCGGUCACCAAGCGGUCCAGGGGGUUCGGCUUCGUGACGUAUGCGGACCAGGCCGGUGUGGAGCAGGUCCUGGCUCAGAACCGACACGAGCUGGACUCCAAAACGAUCGACCCCAAGGUGGCGUUCCCCCGCCGGGCUCAGCCCAAGCUCGUGACCCGGACCAAGAAGAUCUUCGUGGGCGGGCUGUCGGUCAACACCACCAUCGAAGACGUGAAGCAUUACUUCGACCAGUUUGGAAAGGUCGAUGAUGCCAUGCUGAUGUUUGACAAAACAACCAACAGACACAGAGGCUUCGGCUUUGUGACCUUUGAGAACGAGGACGUGGUGGAGAAAGUGUGUGAGAUCCACUUCCACGAGAUCAACAACAAGAUGGUGGAGUGCAAGAAGGCGCAGCCCAAGGAGGUGAUGACGCCGACCGGCUCCGCCCGAGGCCGCUCCAGAGUGAUGCCCUAUGGGAUGGACGCCUUCAUGCUGGGCAUCGGCAUGCUGGGCUACCCGGGGUUCCAGACCACGACCUACACCAGCCGCAGUUACUCUGGGAUCGCACCUGGCUACACGUACCAGUUCCCAGAGUUCCAUUUGGAGAGGACCCCCCUCAUGACGUCAUCGCACCCCGCUGAGCUGGCAGCCAUCCCCCUGACUGCGUAUGGACCAAUGGCAGCAGCCGCUGCAGCCGCAGUCGUUAGAGGCUCCACCCCUUCACGCACAGCUGGUUUCCUGGGCACCAGCAGCCCUGGACCAAUGGCUGAACUGUAUGCUGCAGCCAACCAGGACUCAGGAGUCAGCGGCUACAUCAGCGCCGCUAGCCCCUCCCCCGGCGCCGGGUUUGGUCACGGUCUAGGGAAAGUCUACCCCCUGCUGUAUCCGCAGGGCCAGCUGAUCGCCACCGCCUUCACCAACGGCUACCACUGAGGGGCGGGCUCUCUGCUGCUGGCCAGCCAAUCAGAAUGCUGGCUGCCUCUGAUGGCACAACCUGAUUGGCCGGCCACAGGCCGUACUGGCUCCCUGUGGCUCCGCCCACCGACUGUACUGAUCUCACUUCAACAUAACGUCCCUCGUGUAGUGUUAUGACUAGACUCCGCCCCCUUUUUAUCCAUUACUUUUAUUUUGAAGCUGAGAAGAAAACUGCAAAAAAAAGACAAAAAAAUGUCUGCGUGCCGUUGCCCUCAACAACGAGAACUAUUGUACCUUUUUUAAUUGUUAUUUUAUUUCAAUGUGUCAUCAUGAAAUCCAGAGAAGAAGAACGACAUGUUUUUAACGAAGAACAAAAUCCCACAAAGUCUCUUUAGCUCUGAAGCAACAUAAAUGUAUAUUUUGGUAGUCUUUAAAAACAAAACUUUUGUAAUAUUGUUAUUAAUAUUGACAUAAUAAUAAUAAUCUGUACGGUAUUUUAUUCUGUAAUUGGUUUUAAAGCAAUGUUUUUAUGUCUUCCUGUAAGAUAUUGUACAUAAACGUUGGGGGGGGGGGGCAGCUCGCAUGUCAUUGGUCGGUUUGGAGGGGUCAACAGCUGUUUGAUUGGCUGUCAUCUACUAUGAUGUCAUCUCUACUUUCAUCAGUAGGCUGACGGCGAAACCUUCCAGCAGCUCGUCUGCACAACAUGUACACAACAGCUACACAACAUGUACACAACAGCUACACAACAUGUACACAACAUGUUAGGGUUCUUCAGAUUAGGGUUCACGGGGUUCGACUUGACUUCCUCUUUGAAAAUAUUUUAUAUAUAUUUUUGGGCGAUUGGCUUAUUAUUGUUAUUGUUUAUUAUCCUUGUCUCCGGUUUUCUGCACCGUGGAAACAAAUGAAGGCCGUGUCGAGACGUCCUGUGUCCUCUGGGGUCACGUGACGGUCCUCUGGGGUCACGUGACGGUCCCGUGUCCUCUGGGGUCACGUGACGGUCCCGUGUCCUCUGGGGUCACGUGACGGUCCUCUGGGGUCACGUGACGGUCCCGUGUCCUCUGGGGUCACCUGACGGUCCUCUGGGGUCACGUGACGGCCCCGUGUCCUCUGAGGUCAUGUGACGGUCCUCUGGGGUCACCUGACGGUCCUCGGGUCACCUGACGGUCCCGUGUCCUCUGAGGUCAUGUGAUGGUCCUCUGAGGUCAUGUGACGGUCCUCUGAGGUCAGGUGACGGUCCUCUGAGGUCACGUGACGGUCCUCUGGGGUCAUGUGACGGUCCUCUGAGGUCAGGUGACGGUCCUCUGAGGUCACGUGACGGUCCCCUGAGGUCACGUGACGGUCCUCUGGGGUCACGUGACGGUCCUCUGGGGUCACAUGAUGGUCCCGUGUCCUCUGAGGUCACGUGACGGUCCUCUGGGGUCACGUGACGGUCCCGUGUCCUCUGAGGUCAUGUGACGGUUCUCUGAGGUCACGUGAUGGUGCCGUGUCCUCUGAGGUCACGUGAUGGUGCCGUGUCCUCUGAGGUCACGUGACGGUCCCGUGUCCUCUGGGGUCACGUGACGGUCCCGUGUCCUCUGGGGUCACGUGACGGUCCCGUGUCCUCUGAGGUCAUGUGACGGUCCUCUGGGGUCACCUGACGGUCCUCUGGGGUCACGUGACGGCCCCGUGUCCUCUGAGGUCAUGUGACGGUCCUCUGGGGUCACCUGACGGUCCUCUGGGGUCACCUGACGGUCCUCUGGGGUCACCUGACGGUCCCGUGUCCUCUGAGGUCAUGUGAUGGUCCUCUGAGGUCAUGUGAUGGUCCUCUGAGGUCAGGUGACGGUCCUCUGAGGUCAGGUGACGGUCCUCUGAGGUCACGUGACGGUCCUCUGGGGUCAUGUGACGGUCCUCUGAGGUCAGGUGACGGUCCUCUGAGGUCACGUGACGGUCCCCUGAGGUCACGUGACGGUCCUCUGGGGUCAUGUGACGGUCCUCUGGGGUCACGUGACGGUCCUCUGGGGUCACGUGACGGUCCUCUGGGGUCACGUGACGGUCCUCUGGGGUCACGUGACGGUCCCGUGUCCUCUGAGGUCAUGUGACGGUUCUCUGAGGUCACGUGAUGGUGCCGUGUCCUCUGAGGUCACGUGAUGGUGCCGUGUCCUCUGAGGUCACGUGACGGUCCCGUGUCCUCUGGGGUCACGUGACGGUCCCGUGUCCUCUGGGGUCACGUGACGGUCCUCUGGGGUCACGUGACGGUCCUCUGAGGUCAUGUGACGGUCCUCUGAGGUCACUUGACGGUCCUGUGUCCUCUGGGGUCACCUGAUGGUCCCGUGUCCUCUGAGGUCAUGUGACGGUCCUCUGAGGUCAGGUGACGGUCCUCUGAGGUCACGUGACGGUCCCCUGAGGUCACGUGACGGUCCUCUGGGGUCAUGUGACGGUCCUCUGGGGUCACGUGACGGUCCUCUGGGGUCACAUGACGGUCCCGUGUCCUCUGAGGUCACGUGACGGUCCUCUGGGGUCACGUGACGGUCCUCUGGGGUCACGUGAUGGUCCCGUGUCCUCUGAGGUCAUGUGACGGUUCUCUGAGGUCACGUGAUGGUGCCGUGUCCUCUGAGGUCACGUGAUGGUGCCGUGUCCUCUGAGGUCACGUGACGGUCCCGUGUCCUCUGGGGUCACGUGACGGUCCUCUGAGGUCAUGUGACGGUCCUCUGAGGUCACUUGACGGUCCUGUGUCCUCUGGGGUCACGUGACGGUCCCGUGUCCUCUGAGGUGACGGUCCUCUGGGGUCACCUGAUGGUCCCGUGUCCUCUGAGGUCAUGUGACGGUCCUCUGAGGUCAGGUGACGGUCCUCUGGGGUCACGUGACGGUCCCCUGAGGUCACGUGACGGUCCUCUGGGGUCAGGUGACGGUCCUCUGGGGUCACGUGACGGUCCCCUGAGGUCACGUGACGGUCCUCGGGUCACGUGACGGUCCCGUGUCCUCUGAGGUCAUGUGACGGUUCUCUGAGGUCACGUGAUGGUGCCGUGUCCUCUGAGGUCAUGUGACGGUUCUCUGAGGUCACGUGAUGGUGCCGUGUCCUCUGAGGUCACGUGAUCGCUCCAUCGAGCUCGUUGGCUCCUUUUCAUAUUUAGGUUUCAUACAUUUGUGCAGCUGCAUCCAACAUUGUCCUUGUUCCUGUGGGGGGGGGGCGGGGUCAGGACCUCAGUCCAGAGCUGCUGGCAGGAGGAGUCCAAACGUUUGCUUGCCUGUUUGAUACCUGAACCAGUCGCUCCUCCUCCCUCCUGCUCCUCUUUCUUCCUCCUCCUGGGACAUCAAACUACUGCUGGACACCAACACUGUAACUUCUUACUAAAGCAAUAAGUUAUUUUUUACUUAAUGAAAGUCGUUCUAUUGGAUAAUUCUGCGGCAUUAAGAAUUAUUUUCAGAAGAAAACAAAAACUAUUUUUGUUCCUUGUAUAUUUGAUGUCUUUGUUGUGGCGCCACCCGGUGGAACAUUUGGGCUUUACACUUUUUCCACUUGUUUUAUUUUUCUGAUAAUUUCAAUUUUAAAAUCCUAAUAAAUUAUUCUAAAGCGUU